GUUCGUAUGAAUGAAGCGUCAUCUCUUCUCAUGCAGUAGGAACGGCGCGGUGUGACGGCCUUUCUACUUUGUUCACCUCCAACCGAGCGCUCUUCUCCCGUUAUUCGUCGCCUGCACCUCCGCAAACAUGUCCCUGAUCGGCACUUUCCUCCUGCUCAUGGCCGGCGCGCUGUGUUCGGCCACUUUGGUGAACGACGAAGUCAGGAGAACUGUGGACCUGAGCACUCAUUUGGCUAAGAUCACCGCGGACAUUACCCUGUCUAAUCACGCACGCUACGACGUAUCUAGCUUUAUAUUGACCGUGGAUCCGGAGCUUUUCCCACAUUUGGCAUACAUGGGAGCCUCGGUGCAAGGUGAUGAAGAGGAUGAUGGCCAACUUGACAUCCAGGAAACAAAAAUCAACGGCUUAACUGGGGAGUUUUUCAAAGUAACUCUUCCAUCCAAGUUGGUCGUGCACGGUAAGGUCAAAGUCAAAGUGGAAAUGACAUUCAGCCACGUCCUCCAGCCCUUCCCCUCGGACAUCACGCAGGGUGAGCGCCAGCUCGUCAUUUUUCAAGGCAACCACUACUUCUAUUCGCCGUACCCCACUCGAAGCCAGACGACACGCGUUCGCCUGGCGUCCAAAACAGUGGAGAGCUACAGUAAACUGGGCAACCCCACUAAGACCGAUGAUAUCAUUGAAUAUGGCCCGUACGAGGACAUUCCCCAGUUCAGCCAGGAUCCAAUGAAGAUCCAUUUUGAGAACAACACGCCCUUUCUGACUAUCAGUAGCAUUACUCGCACCAUUGAGGUGUCUCACUGGGGCAACAUCGCUGUGGAGGAAACCAUCGAUGUGAGGCACACUGGAGCCGUCCUGAAGGGCCCGUUUUCACGCUACGAUUACCAGCGUCAGUCUGACAGCGGCAUCUCGUCCGUCAAGUCCUUCAAGACAAUACUUCCUGCCUCUGCACAAGAUGUCUACUACAGGGAUGAGAUUGGGAACAUCUCCACCUCCCACCUGCAGAUUCUAGAUGAUUCUGUGGAGGUGGAGAUCAGGCCUCGCUUCCCUUUGUUUGGGGGCUGGAAGACCCACUACAUGAUUGGCUAUAACCUGCCCAGCUAUGAGUAUCUCUACACUUUGGGUGACCAGUACGCACUGAAGAUGAGACUGGUUGACCACGUCUAUGAUGACCAGGUCAUUGACUCUAUGACUGUGAAAAUUAUUCUGCCCGAGGGAGCCAAAAACAUCCAGAUGGAUACACCCUAUAAUAUAAAUCGCAUGCCAAACGAACUGCACUACACGUACCUUGAUACCUUCGGCCGCCCCGUGCUGGUCGCCACCAAGAACAACCUGGUGGAGCAGCACAUUCAAGAUGUUGUGGUUCACUACAACUUCAAUAAGAUCCUGAUGCUGCAGGAGCCUCUGUUGGUCUUUGCAGCCUUCUACAUCCUCUUCUUCACUGUCAUCAUCUAUGUUCGAAUGGACUUUGCCAUCACAAAGGACCCUGCGGCCGAGGUGCGCAUGAAGGUGGCGUCCAUCACCGAGCAGGUGCUGACCCUGGUCAACAAGCGCCUGGGCCUGUACAGACACAUGGACGAGGUGGUCAACCGCUACAAGCAAUGUCGCGAUACGGGCGCGCUCAAUAGCGGCCGGAAGACCCUCGAGGCGGACCACCGCACACUCACCAACGAGAUCAGCUCGCUGCAGGCUCGCCUCAAGGCCGAAGGCUCCGACUUGGCCGACAAGGUCGCGGAGGUCCAAAAGCUGGAUGGCCAGGUGAAGGAGCUGGUGGGCCGCGCGAGCCAGGAGGCGGAGCGACUGGUUGCCGGUAAGGUGAAGAAGGAGGCGUACAUCGAGAAUGACAAGGCGGCGUCACUCAAGAGACAAGAUCUGGUCAGCCGCAUCGACAGUCUGCUGGAUGCUCUCUAAGCGAGAUGUCAACGCUCGUCACGCAGUCAAGUAUGUUUUAUGUAUGACAACCCCAAUGAAUGUGACAGACGUGCUUUUCACAUCAUGUGGGCUUAUCCAAACACUCGUGCCUUGUGAUUAACGGAAUCACAGGUUGUUGAGCGAUACUCCCUUUGUCACAUGUCAGACUUUACAUGUCCCCUAAGUUUGAAUCUCGACUUUUGUUUUUCUGCUUUAGGUUUAUCAUUUUGCAAGAUGAAUAACAAGUGCUCAAGUCAAUCACUCAUGUCUUUGCUCACAUACAUGGAUUUUUUUCAAGCGGUUAGGUGUGGUUUAGUUACUUAUCAUUGCCAAUUGUAUUCAGUUUGCACUGUUCUUUUCUAUUUUCCCCUGAUAAUAUCGUAGCUCAGAUUUUUGGAUGUUUGUCACUUUUGUUUGUGAUUUUGUCACAUUUUCUACAUUUACUGAUUUUGUAAGAAGUGUUGUGUGCACUGAGAUUAAGAAAGACGUGAGACUAAGUUGUGUGAGAAAAGACAUGGGGAUGGAAGACAAUGUAAAGCUGUCAAAUUUGAAAUAAAAAUUGGAGAACCAAA